AUGGUUGAGGGCUGAGGCUGGCUUCGGCGUCAAGCCGCCAGAGCCGUUCGGCUGGGAAGAGAAGCGAGCCGACUGGGCAGCGGAUCAGCGGUCCCCCCCCCCCCCCCGGGGCCGUCCUCCUGCUCCCGUCAUAGGGCUUGUUAUUCUGUUGGCAGCGGCGACUGAGACUGCAUGAAGCCUCUCUGCGACCUCAGGGCCGGCACCCGCGUCCUCCUCGGUAACAUGCAGCUGCGGGAGGAGGAGGAGGAGCAGGCCAAGGCGUGAGGAGGAGCCGCGGCGGGUUCUGCUUUCUGUUUGUUUUGGUUUCGGACGUGUUUGUCUUUUCCUCCCAAUUCGUGCUUUGGCUCGCCUCACAGAAGGAAAAUGGAGUCCUUCCCCAGUAGCGAUCGAGUUCAGUUACCUAGAAAUAUGAUUGAAAACAGCAUGUUCGAGGAAGAGCCUGAUGUGGUUGACUUGGCUAAAGAGCCUAGCUUGCAUCCUUUGGAGCCUGAUGAAGUAGAAUAUGAACCAAGAAGUUCUCGUCUUCUUGUACGUGGUCUUGGAGAUCAUGAAAUGGAUGAAGAUGAAGAAGAUUAUGAAUCGUCAUCAGCCAAACUUCUGGGAAUGUCUUUCAUGAAUAGAAGCACUGGCCUGCGUAAUAAUAUGGCUGGUUAUAGACAGCGUUCAGAUGGCUCAUGUUCUCCAUCUGUAAGGACCACAGUAAUCUGUGCUGUUGUUCUUGUGAUAGCUGUGUCUGUAAUAAUGGCAAUCUAUCUUCUUCCCAAGUGCACUUUUACCAAAGAAGGUUGUCACAACAAAAACCACACAAUGGAAGAUAUAUAUCCUUUGGCAACUAAUGGAAAGCCUUUUCCAUGGGCUCAUUUUAGGCUUCCAGGUGCUAUUGUUCCAGUACAUUAUGAUAUUGUUCUACAGCCAAAUCUAACCACAAUGAGAUUUACAGGUUCUGUUCUGAUAACUGUGGAGGUUAUUCAGGUUACUAUGCAUAUCAUACUUCAUAGUUCAAAGCUUAAUAUUACCAAGGUAACACUUGCUUCACUGGGUUCAAGCCAGCCAAAACCAGCAAAUUUUCUGGAAUAUCCAGUGAAUGACCAGAUUGCAAUUAUAGCUCCAGAAGCUCUUCUUGUGGGACAAAAAUAUAACAUCAACCUGGAGUAUUCCUCAAAUUUAUCAGACACUUACUCUGGCUUUUAUAAAAUUGCAUUUAAGAAUAGCAGCUCAACAAGUUGGCUUGCAGCAACUCAAUUUGAGCCCCUGUCGGCAAGAGCAGCAUUCCCUUGCUUUGAUGAACCAGCAUUCAAAGCCAAUUUUCAAAUCAAAGUCAAGAGAGAAUAUCAACACACUGCUCUGUCAAAUAUGCCAAAGAAUUCAACCAAAGCCCUGGCAAAUGGAUUAUUUCAAGACGAAUUCUCUGUGAGCUUGAAAAUGAGCACUUACCUAGUAGCUGUCAUUGUUGGAAACUUGGCACAUACCAGUAAGGAAACAAAUGGGAUUCUGGUAUCUGUCUAUGCUGUAGCACAAAAGCUGGAGCAGACUGAGUAUGCCUUGAACACAGCAGUGAAGCUUCUUGAAUUUUACCAGAAUUAUUUUAACAUAACAUACCCAUUUAACAAAAUAGAUUUGGUAGCUCUUCCAGAUUUUCAGGCUGCAGGUAUGGAGAACUGGGGUUUGAUCACUUUUCGAGAGACAGCACUCCUUUUUGAUAAUAACACUUCUUCAGCAAUUGAUAAAAAGAGAGUAACAGCAGUAAUUGCUCAUGAGCUAGCCCACCAGUGGUUUGGCAAUCUGGUAACAAUGGAAUGGUGGAAUGACCUGUGGCUGAAUGAAGGAUUUGCUACUUUUAUGGAAAAUCUUGCCAUGAAGAUGGUCUUUCCAGAUUUGUAUACUGAUGACAUUUUUUUAAAUCUGCAAUUUAAGACCAUGGAGAAAGAUUCCAUGAAUUCAUCUCACCCGGUUUCCCUUGCUGUCAAUUCAUCAGCAGAGAUCGAACAAAUGUUUGAUGUAGUCUCCUACAUCAAGGGAUCUUCUCUCUUGUUUAUGUUAAAAAACUAUCUUCAUAAAGAUGAUUUCCAAGCUGGCAUUCAGAUCUAUUUGCAUGACUAUAGCUAUGGUUCCACGCACAGUGAUAACUUAUGGGACAGUAUGACUAAGGUGACACAUGGAGUAGCUGAUGUAAAAACAAUGAUGAACACUUGGACAAUUCAGAAAGGAUUUCCAUUAGUGACUGUCAAAAGGGAAGGAAAAAAAAUCAAUUUGAAGCAGGAAAAAUUUGUGCAUAAUACAGAAUUGGAAAAUCAGAUCUCUUCUUCAAGUUAUCUGUGGCAGAUUCCUCUUUCUUACAUCACCAGCAAUGACAGCUCAUCCCUCCCUUUGCAGACAUACUUACUGGAUAAAAAGUCAGGUGUAAUUGACUAUCCUCAUGAAAUAAAGUGGGUGAAGUUCAAUGUGAAGGCAGAUGGUUACUAUAUUGUGCAUUAUGCUGAUAAUGACUGGAUUGCUCUAAUUGAAUUACUGAAGACAAAUCCCAGUAUUUUUGAUCCCAAAGACAGAGCCAAUUUGAUCCAUAACAUUUUCAUUCUGGCUGGGAUAGGAAAAGUCCCUUUGGCCAUGGCUUUCAAUCUAAUAGACUAUAUAGUAAAAGAAAACAGCACUGCUCCAAUCAUGCAAGCUUUACACCAACUCAGUCGUAUCUUCAAUCUAGUUGAGAAACGGGGAAUGCUGGAGCUCUCAUCCAGAGUGUUGUAUAGAAUUGAAAACUUAUUUGGAGACAAGAUUGAGCAACAAACAUGGAACAAUAAUAAGACUCUCUCAGAACUAGAGCUACAGUCAAGUCUACUAAGUUUUGCCUGUUCCUAUGGUUUAGGAAAGUGUAGUUCAAUUGCUUAUAACCUAUUUAACACAUGGAAGAACUCCAAUGGGACAGAAAGCCUGCCGACAAAUGUUAUGAAGAUCAUAUUCACAGCUGGGGCAAAAACUGAAACUGGCUGGCAAUUCCUUUUAAAGAUGUAUUCCUUUGUGGAUUCUGAACCAGAAAAACUCAAAAUUCUUGAAUCUCUGGCCAGCACAAAUGAUGUUCAAAAACUCAUCUGGUUAAUGCAAACAAGCCUGCAAGGAGUCGUAAUCAGAUCACAGGAUCUUCCAACUGUCAUAAAAACUAUCAGUCAGAAGUUGCCUGGACAUUUACUGGCAUGGGAUUUUGUCAAAGAAAAUUGGGAUCAGCUUAUUAAAAAGUUUCACCGUGGAUCAUACACUAUUCAAAGCAUUGUAACUUCAACAACGCAUCAGUUCUCAACAGUGGGACAUCUGCUUGAGGUUAAGACAUUCUUUGAAUCAAAGUCAGAGGAAACUGCUCAGUUGCGGUGUGCCCAAGAAGCUAUUGAGACAAUUCAACUGAAUAUCCAGUGGAUGGAAAAAAACUUGGCUCUCCUGGAGAAAUUGCUAUAGUAAUCACAAUUCUCUUACAGCUUGUAUUAGUCACUAGGAAUGCUGCAACUCUUGGUCUUUUGCUUUUGCAAAAAAAAAAAAGUUAAACAUGAGCAAUGCAAUUUUUGUUUUUUGCACUGUGAGAGAGGGUUCUAGUUAGCUCAGGGUUCAUCUCUUCCGAAUUGGCUCUCUUUGGAGUAUUUGUGGACUGGACAUAGUUGCUAAUUAAGGGAAAGCUCAUUGAUUGACCAGACAUUUACCCCAAACAAGGAUACUGUAAUAACUUUUAAAAUUGAGGUACAGCUCCCUUCCAUUGUAGGAAAAUGGAAUUACAUUUCUACAUACAGAGUACAUUUUUACUUAAAGAAAAGACAAGAGAGCAAGAUAAACACUCCUGAGACCUGCCUUUUCUCUGCAAAAUUCAGUUUGGUCUUUCUCACUGUGCAUAGUUUCUUGAAUUGUAAACAUUGUCCCUGCUGUAAAGCAUUUUUUUUCAUUAUCAUUAUAAGCAGUGGCUAAAACACAAUUAAUGAAGGUGAACAGGUGAAGUCAAAAAUAAGGUUUUGGGGAGUUCUGGGUGUUGAUUUAUAAAUAUUUUCUAGGAAUUAUGCAAAUAUCAGAAUUUUUGUUUUUAAUUUGCCUACAACAUGGCUAGAAGUUACUAGUACUAUGUACUGAAUAAGUCGAAUUACCUUUUGUAAACACAAAGUAAAAUAUCAAGAGAGCUAUGCUGAACCAACCCAUAGAGGUUUUCAAACAGGUUCUAAAUUAUAGCUUGGAAAAUGCUUUAUAUAGUUUUCAGAUUCCAGUUUUGUUUCUCACUUUGAUGUAGCUGCCUAAAAGUAUGUAGUACACUGUUUCAACAAUUUCAGAAUUAUCAGCUUGGGAAUUUCCUGGUUUCAGUUUCUUUUCAGUACUGCCCUGAUGUUUCACAUUGUUCUGUAUAUAGAUAUUUCUAAAAAUAGACCAUGCCUAUGCUUUGACCAAAGUCAAUAUUUGUCAAAUCACAAGACGUGCUAUUUGUGUCACCCAUCCUUGUUCUAAAACCUUUCACCAAAAAUAAAGCAUGCCAGAUUGAAUAUUACAACAAACUAUCCCACACUUGUCAAACUCUUCUAUUCUAUGCUAAUUUUUUAUAGUAAAGUAAAUAACUGGCAUUUGAGGUAUUAUUGUCAACAGUUUUAUGUGUUAUUCAGUACAGUUCUAAAACUCCCCGAUACAAUAUUGUAUUAUGGAAGAAUUGAGAAGAAUAAAAAUGGAUGAAAAAGUUAAAUGUGUUGAUUUAGGCCAGCUUCCCCAACUUGAUAUUUUUAAGAUGUUUUAGAACUACAAAUUCCACAAUUCUUAGCCACUGUUGAGACUUACAGUUCUGGGAUUUAUAUUUCCAACACAUCUGAAAGGGCACCAGAUGGGUAAUGCUUUCAAUCAUUUGAAAGUACUCUUAAUUUCUGAGUUUGUUCCUAUCAAAGAGGAUAGUUUAAUAAGCUCUUUCUUCAAGCAAACAUCAACUUGGAAAGGUAUGGAUCCAAUUUGACAUCAGCUUUUGAGACAUGCCUUUCUUCAUAUUUGUGAAAAAUCCCACUUUUUAUUGAAAUGUUGUAUCUAGUAUAGAUUCUACAAUAGGAACAGAAGAUGAUUGUUUGGUUCAAUAUUUUACUACUGAUUUUACUUCAUUUAUUUCUCAUGGAGGAUUACAUACUCUGGAAGCUUUUAAAUCUUAUUAUUUCUGUGCCACAGAGUUCAGUGCUACAUAAACCAAUAUUAGAUAGUUUGUUUUGUUUCUUCAUAUGUACUCCAGAAAUUGGAAUGUAACCGUGGGAUAAAGCUGAUGCAUCCUUUGUGGUACAAAUAAUUCAAAGUGGAGGACACUGCUGAAGAAUAUACAAAUUCAAUGUUUGAAGCAAUUUUGGGUCAAUAUGAAAGAGGCAGUUUCCUAGAUCAAGAGAAGCAUUCAAAACCAAUUUUGCUUAAUUAUGAAUUUAACAUCAUAAAAACAUAAACUAGAUAAGUUGUUUUCAAUUAUAUUUCAAUUAUAUCGAAAACAGGGAAAGGAGAAAAAUAUACCAAGCAACCUAGUUUUAGUACUUCUGACUCUUUAAUACACUGAAAACAAAGUUAUUGCUAUUAACUAGCUCAGCUUCUAAAUUGGUUGAAAAUAACUCACCUUGAUAUUAGCCCUCCCCCAUCCCCCAAAAUGGCUCACUUUACAAAGUGAAGAGCAUCUUUCAUGGUUGGUAGAGAAUGUGAGGCUUGCUAUGUUUCUCUCAUAUAUCUGUUUUGUUCCCCACUCUUAUAUUUCUGUGCAUUGCCCUCCCUCCCUCCCUCCCAUCCAUCCAUCCAUCCAUCCAUCCAUCCAUCCAUCCAUCCAUCCUAGCAUUCUGUAGAAUUGUUGCUGCUUUCUUUGUUGGAUCAUCUGACACUUAGAAUCCUAUGUAGAGUUGUGCUUGCUACUGGAAAUGUGAACUGGACUUGAAAUUGUAGUGCACCUAUGUUCUAGAAUUAGAAUAUUUGUUUUAAAUGAAGGCACUGAUGCUUUGAGAAUACUUUCAAAUAUUUAUCUUUUUAAAAAUGAUUGUGGUUUGAUUUUGAUUUACAUUUUAUAAAUUAUGCUUAAAUAGAGAAACAUAUUUAAAAUGAAUCAAUCAUGUAUGGAUCUGGGAUCCAAAGCAGUCAGUACACUUUUUGCUUCCAACAAAGUUUGAUUUCCAACAAUCUGUAAUCUGGAAAAGUUGGACUUUCUAUGCAUGUGCAUUUGUAUGUAUGCUGAAACCAUAAAUGAUAGGCCAUAGGUAUACCUUAAAUGUAAUUGUCUUGAGUCCAUUCAGAAGAAGAAUUUGCUGUAAUAAUACGAAAUGCUUUUAUCCAGUUCAAUAAUCAGGGGUGACUUUAAUGGAGUAGAUAAUUUUUUAUUACAUCGAGGACUAAUUAAAGUAAUUUGAAUGUCCUCAAUUUUCUUUAUGGUUUCUUAGCUUAGAAAUGCUUGAUUCUCAAAUCUUGAUCAAAGCUUUUGUGCUGCUUUGGAAUCCUAACUUUGCAAUAUCUUAUACAUGUAUCCUGUUGAAAGUGGUAGCAUUUUUGUUAUGAAGUUUUUCCCCCCCUAAAAUCAGUCACUUUACUGUAGAAAUACAAUGUAGAGUGGUACAAACUAUGUACCCCCUCCUAGCAAUUAGGUUUCAAAGCUUUCUGUAACAGAUGGGAUUGGAAGAGGGAAAAAAAUGAGAUCAAACUUGGUUGUGUUUUCAAUCUGUUUGAAAUAAUAGUUCAUGUGCCUUAAAGUAUAUUAUAAGUAUUAUAAUAUAUAUAUAAUGGAAGUCUAUUUUUGUUAAAAGCCCUUCAUAGUUAUGAAUCUCCAUAUCUUCAAAGAUUAUUGAGAGAUAGAAUGUUAUGCUUACUUAGUGAAGGAAAAUCUUUUUUGUUCAAAUUAUAAACAUGUCAAUUUGAACGUCUUAAAACCAAAAACUGAUUUUGGCCUCUGUAGCCAUGAUGCAGAGUUCCACAGAGCUCUAAAUAGCCAAGAGCAUUGUAUAUGCAAUGGCUAGUUUGUUCUCUUUAGUGUUAAGAAGUGUGUAUACUUAAUAUGUACAUGGAGCAUUCUGUAACAUUUAAAAGUGUGUUUCUCUAUAUGUUUGCAUUAAAGCCUUUUAUUAAUGAGAUAAUUAAACAAGCCUUAGUCCCAGUAGUCUGGCUUUGUGGAUAAAACUUAUAGUUCUACACAUUUGAAACACAACUGUUAAGUCUACAAACUUUGGAGAAAUACUCAACUAUUUGCAUCUUACAUAUGUUUGUAUAUCCAUGCAUACCGGUAUGUGCCACUGUGUGUAUCACAGAUAACUUUUCUGCCUAUUUUAUUUAACAUGGAAAUAUGCUUGUCUGUCUAGUGUACUAUCAUGAUCAGCCCAGAAGUUUUAGCUGUGGUUCCCAAAGACCAAUUAUUUCCAGUAUAUUUGAGGAGAAAAUUACUAGAUAUAUGACUGGAGAGUGACCAUAGUAGUUAUAUUUAAUUUUUAAAUGUAAAGGAAAAUAUACGUAGUUUUUGUUCUGCCUCCACCCAUUAGAUUUUGGUGUGGCCUCAGGCAUGCUAUUGAAAGGUCAAAUAUAACUCUUGAUCCAAAAAAUACCCCAGAUCUACAGCUUUCCACAUGUGUGGACCUCUUUCUCAAAUGUUGCACUGGACAUCGGGAAGAGUAGGACCGGCACAUGUUUGCUCUUCUCUCUACGUAUUGGCUGAAUGCAUGGAGUUCAAUAUAAACCUACCCCAAUAUUUAGAGUCAGUUUUUGUUCUCUUUGAAACCGUUGCUAGAUAUAAUAUUUCUAUUCAGCCUGCAAAGUUAUAAAGUUGGAGCAUUACAAUUUGUUUUCUUCUGGCAAAGCAUUGUAACAAAGCCAGAUUUCUCUCUCUGCCACCUAUUUGUGAUCUCCAUGGAAUUUUGAAAAAAAUGCUAUGCACAGUAAUUUAGCGUUUAACUUCUGGUUUUGGAAUGGGUGAGAGUAUUCCAAAUGAUGUUUGAUGAAAAGAUAUUACAUUAUGGUGGUUAUAUAGGGGUGUGUGAAAGGGCCUUAAAAGUGCAGGUUUCAGCUAUAAUUUUGUAUAUGUAUAGCCAUACUGGGGCUGUAAUUCUGUCAAAAUGCACAAACACACAAAGCAAUCGAGCCAUUUAAAAUUGCCCAUCUCCAGAGUAAUUAUUCUUUUACUUCAAAUAAUGAAACUGUUUAUUUUUAAAUGCUCUCAAAGCGACUACAUUUUAACUGUAAUGUUAGUAAUUUUAUACAGCUGUGGGAGAUAGAAUUCAUGUAAUGGAUCUUGCUGCUUUUAAAAACUGCCUGCUCCAUUACAGGUGAAAUUGGACAUGCACUGUGAGGCUUAUACUUGAAAGAAUGUGGCCUUAUUUUUUCUUUAAUAGCAUCAUACUACAGGACACUGACCCUUAUAUUUAUAUGACUGUCUAUCUUCCACCUGUUCUGUGUUAGAACAUUUCUCCCUCUGAUGAUAGAUUGGCUUUUUAAAAUCCUUCUGGAAGAUGUUAUCUUUCACUGCACUCUGAACUUUUAAAUAUUGCCUCAUUUAAGGAUACAUUUUUGUACAUAUUUCACAAAUGGAUGCCCCUAUGCCAGAGAGCCAGGUUAGUCUAGUGGUUAAGGCACCAGGCUACAAAGCAGGAAAUUGCGAGUUCUAGUCCCACCUUAGGCAUGAAAGCAG